AUGCCUGUUCCAAAUACAAUAAUGUAUCAGCUGCGGCACCUUAUCCCGCCUUUAAACGGGACGCUGCAUAAGGGCCAGUCAGGACGUGUUGGUGUUCUCGGAGGAGCUUUGGAUUAUACAGGUGCACCGUUCUUCGCAGCAAUCUCCGCCCUGCGAGUGGGCGUCGACCUUUCGCAUGUCAUUUGCUCCCCGACGGCUGCUGGCGCCAUCAAGUCGUACUCGCCGGACUUGAUCGUGCAUCCUAUCCUACGAGAAGACGUAUCAGCAGCCUCUCUUCGACCUGAGAUGUCAUCCCUGCUAGCUCGCCUGCAUGUGCUCAUCAUCGGGCCCGGCCUCGGGCGGGAGCCCUACAUGCAGGCCUUCGCGCGCAUGGCUCUCGAUGUCGCUAAGGAACAAGGCAUGUUCGUCGUCGUCGAUGCAGAUGGAUUGUGGAUGGUCGGUCAGGAAGUGAACAUCAUCAAGGGAUAUCGGCGGGCGGUGCUCACGCCCAACGUCGUCGAGUUCAAGAGGUUGAGUGAACAGGCAGGUAUCGACCCAAAAACAAAACCUGAAGACCGCGCGUCCAGCGUGUCUCGCGCUCUGGGUGGUAUAGCGAUUCUCCAGAAAGGUGCUGAAGAUAUCAUAGCCACAAACACGGAAGGGGCCACUUCUCGCGAGGCACACGCACUCUCCAAAGUGCCCGAGAAUGACCCAGAGCAACAAGAGAUCAUUGUAGUGGAUACUCCCGGCGGUCUGAAACGCUGUGGAGGACAAGGGGACAUUCUGAGCGGAUCGGUCGGUGCAAUGCUUGCGUGGGGCAAGUGCUACGAGGACGGCGCGUUCGGAGAUAAAAACCUGCCAGCAUCAAGAAUACCCAUCCUAGCAGCGACGGGUGCAAGCAUGGUGACGAGGGCGGCAUCAAGGCGAGCGUUUGAGAAAGAAGGAAGGGGCGUCGUGACACAAGAUAUGUUGAAGGAGAUUGGAGGCGCUUUUUCAGAAAUCUUUGGCUCAGAUCAGUAUGGCGGAAAGCUGUAAGAUCUUUGAGAUGGUCUUGUACGAAUGCGGUGUUCGGCUACGAAAUGUGUGAAUUGUUUGGAUGUUU